UCUGCUCAUUCUAGUUAUCAUCCAGGUGGCUAUGGCGUUUCCGAAGGAUUGAAAAGGGCAAGAAGACCUUUUGUGGUGAGAAACGUAUUAGUAGGUGGAACAUUGGCCGUCACAGCGAUGAAUCUAUACCUCUACAGUAUUUACAAAAUCAAGCAGGAUGACUUUAGUGACAUU